AUUUUUACUUCCCGCCCGAAGAUUUUUCAGUCGUUUCUUAACACGCUUGGAGGAUGAAACAUCCAAACGUUGCGCUUAUAAUUUUUUUCGCCUUAAUUGGAUUGAAAGAAACUGAAAGUGAAUUUCUUUCCCACUACAUCCGACCUGAUUUGAUCAUUGAAAAUGCGGCUUGUCGAGCGGAAAGUGAAAUUUUGCUCAAAGGUAUUUCAAAUCUUGAGCUGUGGGCCUUAAAAAUUGUGGACUCCAGUUCUAAAAUUCAGUCAGGAAUAUUGACGGGCAAUAUUAAAGACUACGGAAAUUUUGACGAAUGCAUCAACACGAAGAAAUUUUCUAUAAAAGGAAAAUAUUGCUUAGCUCACAUCCAAAUUGACGCAUCUGAGCCGAAUCUUUCUGUCAAAAACGAAAUAAUUGACUUUGUUUCUUAUGGAAGACGCCACAUUGAAAUCAUUCACAAUAGGACACUCAAUAAUGUGAUGCUGCCAGAUAUGCUCCCAUCCCUAGCUCUUUUCCAGUCUGCAUUUUGCAUUCCUUCGUCAUGUAAAUCGCAGGACGUGGAAAAAAUGGUUAAUGCUUCAUUAAUGGGCAUUGGAAAUUUGCUCGGAUUGAAAAUUUACUCGGAAGUAUUUGAGGAAAAUUGUUAUACCGAAACAGACCCACCUUGGAGCACUGGAGAACAAGCCUUUUUGAUUUUCAUCAUUUCCGUUCUUAUAAUUGCAUCACUCGCAACUUUAUUGGAACAAAAGAUCGUCUCCAAAAUCAAAAACACGAAAAGCAAAUCUCUGCUGGAUUCAUUUCUUGAAAAAGCCGUUUUGCCAUUUUCAAUUUCUAGAAACUGGAACAAAUUGACAAACGAUGUGUCUAAAAAUUCGAUGCAAAGUUUAGACGGUGUUCGCGCUUUGAGCAUUUGCAUGGUUGUGAUUUGCCACAAUUCUGUAUCAAAUAACAUUGUUCCAUACAUGAACAAAAUGUUUUUAAUUGUACUGGCAGACAAAUUGGAGAUCCUACCUUUAUUUCUUUCCGCUUGGAGUGUUGAUUCUUUCCUUUUGCUCGGAGGCGCCCUUCGAACCUACAACAUGUUAAGAGAACUCGAUGAAAAGAAAUUCAAUUUUUUCAAAGAUUUCCUUCACAGAUAUUUACGAUUCACGCUCCCCUUGUUAGUGACUAUUGCAUUUUACACAACCUUGUUUGACAAGAUCGGAAGCGGCCCAGCUUGGUACAAAAGUGUGGGAGUGAAUAAAGUAAUCUGCGAAAAGAAUUGGUUUUGGAACAUUCUUUAUGUCAAUAAUAUUGUCAACCCUUCCGAAUUGUGUGUCAUUCAGUCCUGGUACUUGGGAGCAGAUAUGCAACUGUAUCUUGUCGCUCCAAUUUUGAUUCACCUGCUUUGGCGGUGGCCAAGCUUUGGAAAGAAAGUUUUUGUACUUGUCUUUUUCCUGUCAAUGUUGAUUCCCGCCGCCAUAGUUUAUUUGACAAGAGCGGCGCCAAUAUAUGCAGCCUUUUACACAGAUGAGAAAAUCACGGACUACUUGAAGUGGCUUCAUUAUUUCACUCCAAACCGAAUUUCACCUUACAUGGUUGGCAUCGCCCUGGGAUUAAUUCUGUGGAAAUUGAAAAGCGGCCAAACCGAAAAACUGUCAAAGAAAGCAUUAUCUUUGUGCUGGAUUUUGUCAACAGCCUCUGUAUUCGCAGCCUUUUAUGGUGCUUCAAAAUUUGUAAACCCAAGUUACAAUUACAAUUUGGCCGAGGCAAUGAUUUUCGCUGGACUUCACAAGGCCUUUUUCACAUUCUUCCUUGCGUGCGUCGUUUAUGCUUGCGAGUGUGGUUGUGCUGAAAAAACAAUCACAUUCCUUUCAUGGAAACCGUUUUCUUUCCUGAACAAACUCUCCUUCAGCAUUUUCCUGACGCAUUACAUUGUGAUUAAUUAUAUUGAUGGAACUCUGAGACACCAACGCUAUUUUGACGUAAUCCAAAAUAUACACGUUUUCGUGGGAAAUUUCACGUUUUCAAUUAUUUUGGCAAUCGUCUUCUAUUUGCUGAUAGAGGCGCCGUCAAGAUCUUGGGUCAAUUCUUUGCUUCGUUAAAAAAUUUAAGUCCGACUAGAAUAUAAAAAAAAUAAUUACCUCAUUUUGUUCUAGAAUAUAGAUAUAAAAAUAUUAACAGCUUUAAACAACAUUGAACUAUAAAAUAAUAUAUUUAAUUUUAAAAUUGUAUACCUUAAAAAUAUUUGCUCAAGCACUAUUACUUCCGAAAAUCACAGAAAAGCAAACAACCAGUUAUUUUUGAAAGAUACCUAUAAAAUUUUUUUCGUCACAAUUUAAUUGCUGUUUGUCAAUAUUAUCCUACUGCAAUUCUACAAUCGCGCCUCGGGACUACCAUCGCAAGGUCGCGUGGACUGUUGCGACUAAAUUAUAAUGUAAACUAAAUCAUGAAUGUUUUAACAGGGCGAAAAAAAAUUGAUCGGCAAAAUAAACAUAGUCAAAAAUAUUUGCAUCAUCAAUGCAUUCAAAAAUAUUUUAAAUUUUUUUUUGGAAUGUCAAUUAAUUUUUUUACAUUUUCUUAUAAGCUUAUAAGCUAUAAUUUCUUAUGUGUGAAUUAAAACACACAAUGAGCCGACAUAAAAAAAUUUAUAAAAAAAAAAUACAAGAAAACUGCAACAGUCUGUCCAGCACGUUUAGUUAGAGAAUUUGAAAAUAAUAUCAAAACGUGAAUGAUUUAUCUCGCUUCCUUUGAGGCCUGAAUUUUAGCUUUAAAAAUACUAAAAGAAACGUACCAAGGAAUUUUUGCAAAAAUACAAGAUAAAUUGUUAAAAAAUCAAUGCAUUCUGAUGUUAUUUUAGACAGUAAUUACUCUUAUAAAUAUUUUUCAAUACAAAUCUCUAUAGCGGUUUCUAUAGCGAUUGGAGCGCAAUGAAGUGUAGAAAUGUGGUGGGGUGUAAAUUUUUGUGCAAGCUGGCCUAAAACCUGGCUGAUCAUAGCGUUGCAUUGAGAGUGUACUGGGAAUGGUCUGCGGUCGUUUGAAACGCCUAAUUAUAUAUCAAUCUUACAUCACGUCA